AUGGAUUACAUGAGCAAUGAAAUGGAUAAAAAUAAUCAGCAGAUUGAUGUUGGUGCAGCAAUACGCAAUGGAAAAGAAAUUAUGUUGCAGGCUUUCAAUUGGGAGUCUCACAAACAUGAUUGGUGGAGGAACUUGGAGAAAAAGGUCCCUGAUAUUUUUAAAUCAGGAUUCACAUCUGCGUGGUUGCCCCCGCCCACACACUCAUUUGCACCUGAAGGUUAUCUUCCACAGAACCUUUACUCACUCAACUCUUCAUAUGGUUCCGAGAACAUGCUAAAAGCUCUGCUUAACAAGAUGAAAACACACAAAGUUAGACCAAUGGCUGACAUAGUCAUAAAUCAUCGGGUGGGGACCACUAAAGGGCAUGGUGGUAUGUACAACCGUUAUGAUGGGAUACCGCUAGCAUGGGACGAGCAUGCGGUCACAGCCUGUACUGGUGGAAAGGGCAACAAAAGUACUGGGGACAAUUUUAAUGGAGUCCCGAACAUUGAUCACACCCAGCACUUUGUGAGGAAAGACAUAACCAACUGGCUUCAGUGGUUGAGAAAUGAUGUCGGUUUCCAGGAUUUUCGGUUUGAUUUUGCUAGAGGUUAUUCUGCCAAAUAUGUGAAGGAAUAUAUUGAAAAUGCAAAGCCGAUAUUUUCUGUUGGUGAAUAUUGGGAUUCUUGCAACUACAAAGGCAGCUCCUUGGAGUACAACCAAGAUAGUCACCGACAAAGGAUUAUCAACUGGAUAGAUAGCACGGGACAACUAGCAGCUGCGUUUGACUUCACUACCAAGGGGAUUCUCCAGGAAGCCGUGAAAGGAGAAUUUUGGCGUUUGCGUGAUCCACAAGGGAAGCCACCAGGUGUCAUCGGGUGGUGGCCUUCAAGAGCUGUGACAUUUCUUGACAACCAUGAUACUGGGUCAACACAGGCACAUUGGCCUUUCCCAUCACAUCACAUUAUGGAGGGGUACGCAUACAUACUCACACACCCUGGCAUACCCUCAGUGUUCUACGACCAUUUCUACGACUGGGGUAGUUCGAUUCACGAUCAGAUUGUGAAGCUGAUUGAUAUCAGGAAGGGUCAAGGAAUAAACAGCCGAUCGUCGAUUAAGAUCCUGGAGGCACAGCAAAACCUGUAUGCUGCCAGUAUUGGAGACAAGAUAACGAUGAAGAUAGGAGACGGGUCUUGGUGCCCUUCUGGAAAGGAAUGGACAUUGGCGACCAGCGGGCAUAGAUACGCCGUUUGGAAGAAAUAG